AUGGAGGCACACUUUCGACUGGUGCAGAUCUUCUUCGACAACAGCUGGCACAUGGCUGCCCAGCGGCCCGACGGAUCCAGUAUGACGCACCGCUCAGGGCCCACGGGAGGCCAUCUCCUGAAGUUCGACUUCCGAAACGUCUUCGUGGAAGAUGCACCCAGCAAAGCAGCGGAUCUUCUACUUUUCCCCGAAGUCCGGGGCUUCUUCUCCAAGUCUGCCGAGCGUUUCCAUCCACAUCACUUGAGUACUCGAGUAGUUGAAGUAUAUGGACCAGGAGAUGUUUUGGUGAACCAGUCUUGGACCGCCCCGGUGCAUUUGAUGGUUUGCAUCUUCUUCGGUCAACUUUCAGGCCCCAAGAAGGCCCACUGUCUCUAUCACAAGACGCCCAUGUUGGCGUGGCAGCAGCUUCGCCAGAACUUUCCCGAGCCGAAUUCCUGCACACUGGUACACCAGGAUUUAGAGUCGUCAGACGAGUCCUACAUUUUGACCGUUUGCCCUGAAGCCGAGCCCAAGCAUUUCCGUGCAGUGCUUGUGUUUCAGCUGCCUGAUGAUGGGUGGCACAGUUGGGGCGACAGCUUCUUUGCGGGCCUUUUGGACGGAGCAUACAAGGGAGCAUGUUCACAUUUGAAUCGCCCCCUCAUUGGCGACUUGCGGCAGAUCAGUGCUCACUACUACCUGAUCCUCUCCCUGCGCAACUUCAACCGCGGUUGCCCCCUACUGCCUGCGACGUCGGAUCAGACGGAUCAGACCGUUACGGUCUCAGCAGGGGAAGAGCUGGGCAUGGCGCGAUGGCAGGAGUUUCAGAGCCAAAACGCGGAUGGGAAGCUUCACUUGGCCGAAUAUUUGCAGCUCUUUUUGGAGAGACUUGACCUCUCCCUGAGAAUUUACGCCCCUCGGAGAGUCGUUUGUUUUGAGAAGUGGAUGUACAGACAAUGGCCGUAUAACAUGGCAGACAACCCCAUCUUGAUACAAAAUCAGAAUGUAGGAACAUCGAAUGAUCCGGAAUCUUCUUUCGAUCUCGGAAAAUAUUUCGUGUUAUCCAGAUGUGGGGAAAGCAACCAAGGUUGGUGUUUUAUGUUUUAG